AAAUCGCCCCAUAUAUUCACCGUCCAAGUACCGUACGUCAAAGACUAUGCAUAUUUACUAGCGGGGCCUUCUCGGUGACCUGCGCCAGCGCCCAGCGGACAGAGUUCAGCCGUCGACCGUGUGUAUGAACAUGUAUAGCUGCUGAAGUGGAUAAUUCUAACAAAAAUGGCAGCCCCACUCGCUGUGUUCGAAGAAAACGGCGAUGCGGCAAGCGAUGAAUGGCCUGAAUUCAUAGAUUUUCGUAGUUCAGCCGACGUUAUAAAUUCCAAUGGAGAAGCUUUACCAGUUUUGUCACCGAAAGAGGAAAUAAGCCCGGAUAACUUCAACGAAAUGCGUUCAUCGUCUAUCGAAGAUUUGGUCAACAAUUUCGAUGACAAGCUGGCCGUAUGCUUCCGUAAUUACAACCUCAACACGGAGCCACUAGCACCAGUUAAAAUACUCACACAGGAGGAGAUGAUGAAAAAUUGCAAAUUAUGGAAGCAAGUAACUGAUCAGCUAGGACAGGUUAUGCCUCUAGAUUGGCAGAACUCGCACACAAGACGGAAGCACAUGCCUACUCUCAGACUCGUAGAAAAGAGACCUCAUAAUGAUGACCUUGACCUUCCUGAAGAUGAUGAGCUUCUUCAGAGUUUGGACCUUCAUUCCAUGAUCCUCUCCUCUCGAUCUCAUCACGAUGUCGAUGAUAUGGACACGCCAGUUGUCACUGCAGAUGAAGUAAUCGAAGAACUUGAUGAAAUGUUCCAGUCGACAGAUACAACGCCAGAUGAGGUCAUAGAAGAGGACAGACUGUCUAACAUAUCAAGAGAGCUCCAGGCUUUGAGGAAUAGGUCUAUGACAACCAGUAGCUAUGAAGAAAGUAAAGUUGCACAGGAACUGAAGAACAUGUCACUGGUACAACUCAACGAAGUCCUAGAAGAGUUGGACCAAACCGUCAAAGAAUACUCCGAGGUUCUGGUCCAGCAACUGGCCCUGAGAGAGGACCUAGACUACGAGAAGGAGACCAAGAACUCUUUCAUCUCAGCUCUACUCAGCGUUCAGAAUAAGAUCAAGGGUCGAAGUGGAACAGGAAACAAUGGAACACCGAAGCAGAAAGCAAAGCAGCAACCCCUUUCCCUACUCAGCAAUAAACUGAAACUCAAGAAUGGCAUCGAACCAGGAAUGUAUCUGACAACGAGAAUACCAUACCACAAAGAUGCCCCACCAGAUCUGGAAACUCUGAGGAUAAUUACAAAAAUAUUGAAAGCAAUUGAUGAGGACAGCAAAGAAGUGCCUGACUUGCUGACAAACUACAUCUUAAAAGUACUGUUUCCAGCUGGAGCAGACCCAAGCCAGGCAUCGUCACUCUAUGUUGCUCAAAGAUAAAGAGACAGGUAACAACAAUGAGACAACAACAGUGAAACUAAUACUUGCUGCAACCCUUUAAGAGUAUGUCAUCGACAUCUACAUUCUAUGAAGCUCCAACAAAUGAGAGAGAGAGAGUGAAAAAAAAGGAAGUUGAAUGUUUUCAAAAUUUUUGUAUAUAAUAACUUCCACCCAUCAUGGGCCAAAAGUUUAAUGUAGGUGCAUUUUUUUUCUAUUGUUCAAAGAGUGAUGCUACUUGAAGCAUGUUUCUAAUGAAUGCAGGAGAUUUAUUUGAUGGAUGUCCUUGUUUUUGUUGAAUAUGUGUAAAUCACUAGAAUGCUAAUUCCUAGGGGAGAUAAUCACAAGAAAUGUACGUAGUACUAAGGAAACAGGUAUUAGGUCUUGUUUAAGAAUAAUGAAAAUUUGAUAUAGUCUAUAAAAUUGCGGAUUUGCUCAGUACAAUCGACCAUGAAAUAUAUAUAUUUCAUAUACUUUAUCUAUUAGUGGGGAGAGGAUGGGGUCGAUUGGAUGUGUCUCUACUUAACCAAAUGUGAUGAAGCAUUGAUUGUUUUGAAUAAUUCAGAAAAAAUACAAGUAGUUAGUCAUCUCAAAUGUACUUACAUUCAUACAUUAAUUGACAUUGAAAUGAAAUAUGACAAUCUUUAUAAAGUAUAACAGGUUUGGAGUUGCUGUUUAGUGAGAUUGAGCAUUCUAGUGAUAUAGACAUAUUUAUCCUGUGGUUGGACUGCAAACUCCACAUUUUUCUAGAAUGGAUGGAGUUGAAUUCGAUAUGCUUUCAUUCCAAUUUCCUUUGUUGAAAACGUCUCCUCCCACCACCCUGUUUUUAUGGCUCAAUGCAGAUUCCUGUACAUAGACAAUCAUUCAGACAUUAGCUAGUAGACAAUAGCUAGACACAGAGGGAGAGAGAGAUUAGAUGUUGAAGUAUACUAGCUUGUAUAUGGUUGGAAGUGGGUGUAUGGUAUUGGAAAAUAAAUGGAAUCAUGAAAAUAAAAAAUAUGAAUAAAAAUAAGAUAUUCAGCAUUUUCUGCCUCCUGCUGGUUGUUACAUACAUUUGUCAUCAUUAUCAUUAGAGAAUUAUGAGAUCAGAAAACUAGACUUGAAUUUUAAGCAACCACUUAUAUUCAAUUGACUUUUCUUUGACAUCUUGUUUAACUUAAGGUGUAAACUUAGGUGUAAACUAAGGUGUAAACCUGUGUGUGAAUUAUGGGUAGCCAUUUGUGGUUCAAACAAAGUGUUUGACUUAUCAACAUAUCUUGCACCCAAACUGAAAAAUUCUUGCAGAAUGAAAAGUCAGAUAUCUAUGUAUUCAUCAUUAUAUGAUAAGAAAAGUGUGUAGUAAACAUAGGCCUACAGCAAAUAAACAAAUUAUUGACAUUUUGGCUACCCAUAAUUUAAUCAGACACACAUUAUAAUUUAGCAUUAAACCAAAACUCAGAACACAUACCACUGGCUCUAACAGUUCUCCCGUUCUUUCUUUGAUAGUUAAAAUGGAGAAAUCGUUAUUCAUAUUUCUUGUAACGAAUGUCACGUUGGAAAUGAAAAGGAUAUUGAAUAUUUGAUGUGGUGAUUAGUUAUGGCAGUGAUGAUUGCUUCAUAUACAAGCAUAUGUAGAUUAAAAUGGAUUUAAACUCAAAAGUUAGAUUCUAAAGUGCAGAGUGUAGAUUACAAAGUGUAUCUAAGUAUAGGAAGUGGUAACUAUAGUAUAGAAGUAUCCUUUUUAUUAUCAUCAAACUAAUUGAAUAUGUAGCUGUAUAUAAAACUUUGAAAUGUAUCUAUAUCUAAAGAGCUUUUUCAAGUCUGAAGAAUUCUUUAAAAGUAUUUAUUGUUAGAUAUUAAGAGCCAUACUAUUUUGUGCUGGUUGUGUGUACCCAGAAUUAUAUUCUGCAUUGUUUGUUGUGAUGGAAAACCAAAGCCAGCAGCAAAAGAAAAAUGCAAAGAGGCUGGAGAUAAUUAAGCCCCCUAUAUCAAAUUCAGCCCUAAAUUAGUUGAAAAAAUCACAUGAAUUACCAUUGUGUUCAGUAUAAUAACAAAAGACAAUUUUUUGGAGGAAAGAAGCAAAAAAAAUAGCCUCUGUAGAGGAAUUUAAGUUUUUCCCUGAAAUUCAGUAUGUGACUGAUUAUCCUUAUUGGGAAAUACUCAAGGCUUGAAAUAGAGGUUUUCUUGAGCGAAGAAGGAAAGUUGUGUUCAUCUCACAAACAACUGAGAAAAGAUAACAACACAUUAAAAAAAAGAAUUCAUUCUGGCAUAUCUCAGAUAUUGAUGUAAGAUUGGAAUUAAGUAAGAAUGUUACUAGAAUGUUUGCUGAAUGCUUAUAGAUUUACUUUAAUUGCUUUUGUGUAUUAUUAUUAUUUCAUUUGCUAUGCAUUAGGCCAUCUGUUUUGCUGAUGUGUUUAGUUCCACCUUUUUAUGAAAUAUUUUGUACGAUUGUGUGUGCUUAUUUUUGUCAAUAUUAUUUUUCUACCAGUGUCCACACUUCUGUGGAUAACGUUCUAAAUAACUCACCUGUAUGAUUCAUCUUGCAAUUCCUUUGGUGCCAAUAUGAUUUUUCAUUAUAAUAAUUAUUUUUCAUUUUUAAUUGUGUGAAGGUUUGUGUACUGGAAUAAGAAGCAUUGCAUCUCAUUGAAUUGAAGAUAUCUUUGAAUUAUGAAAAGCUGUAGAAUGCACAGCUUGGCAAGAGAAUAUAUGAAGGAAAGUACAUGGGGAAGUACAUAUUGUCCGCUGCUUUCUUACAAGGAAAAUCAAGUCAUGUAAUCUCCAUAUUGAGAAAGACAUUGAAGUGAUUUCAGGGUUGGUGUAAGAAUCACAAUUCAGAUGACCUCACCAUGCUGUCAAGUGUCAAACCUAGUGAGUAAUGUGAACCUGCAAAAGUCCAUUUUACAUUGUGGAUAUCUCAACACUUAGUGAGAUUCAUCAUGGUUUCAGGCUCAUUUAAAGGUUCAUGCCUACCUGAUGUUAAAAUUGGCCCAACACCAAAAUAUCUACAACAAACUUGAAAUCAUUCAAAGCCUUUCUAAAUUGUAGAUAGUGAAAACAGUGGAGAAUUUGGGAAAGCUGCCAUGACUUCCUCAAAGCCUUGGACAAUCUUUGUCAGGUACCUUACUGUAAUUCAUUAAGAUUGUAUUUAUUCUCUUUGUACCAAUUUUGUUUAUAUGCUGCCCGAAAAUUCUAAUGAUAAACUUUCAGUUUGAAUAUAUUCUUAAACAAUGUGUUUACGGUAAUUCCUUGUGGUAUUGUUCCUUAAUAGACUUGCCUUACAUAGAUAGGCAUUGCCAGAGAAAAGGGUCAACAGCAUUAAACCGAUGGUAGACGUGUAUUAUUGAAAAGAUAGCUAUGGUUUUCCUACGAAAAAAAUAUGUGCAAUUUUCUAUGUAAAUAAGAUUUCUAAAAAUUGAUUGAUUUCUAUGUUUUUCUUUUUUGCCAAUUAUUGUACAAAUAUCAUAAAUUCAAUCAGUGUUGUUACAUUUCAACUCUAUUUAUGUACAUUGUCAUGUGUUUUCCAACAAUAAUUUGUCCCUCUUCUAAAGUUUUUCAAUAAGUGAUCAUAUUUGUGAAAGAGAACAAAUAUAGGAAGUGAUGGUACAUGGUUAAUAUGGCUUUGGGUGAAUGAGAAGAUUCUUGAAAAGGACUUAAGCGAAUAGAUGUUAAUUCAUGUACAUGCUUCCCUCUUGCAUAUACGUGUGUGUGUGUUUAUACUGCUUCUGUAAUACAGUGAGCAUCAAUCUCUUUUACCCACUUGAAACCAAGUUGUCCCUGUACAAUGCUAUUUGGAAUGACAACAUUCAGCAGCCAACAGUAGAAAUAUUCAGACACUCAAAAUUUCAAUUCAUUGUGUGUCUAGUGUUUAAAUUGUGUUUAUCUGGACUUAAUUAACAUUCAAUAACAGUAAAAAUAAAAGGGGUAUAUAUAUUCUGUUGAUACAGUAAGAAAAGAUCUAUUCCUGAUGUUAGAAAAUCUCAAUCAUUGGACUGGUGAGAAUAAUUUAACUGACUGACACUGCCACAUAGCUCAUGUAAUAAAAUAAUUAGAGGAAUAAAUGGAAAAAAGUAAGAUUACGCAGAAGUAUUCCAGUGGGAAAUAAGUAUAAAACUACCUGACAACUUUAGUGAGUACCCUCGUCAAUGCCAUUUGCGUGAUAUGGUAAUAUGAAGCAUUUAUUGUUGCUUUAUGAAUUAUGUACUUUAAAUUGUGCCAAUACUUUCAAUUUUCUAAGUGUCCGUAUUUAAUGUCUUCAUUACUAGUACUUAUUCUACAUUUUAAGAUAGUUAAGAAUGUGAUGUGUGUGGCAAAUCUGCUUUGCUCCAAUUAAGAGAUAAUGUCUGUACUUAACUUAUGAAUUAACAUAUGAAUUAAUAUAAUAUGAAUGACCUGCAUAUCUUUAAACUACUAGUAACCCAAUCAAUUAAAAACAUUUUCCUUGACAUCAAUUGGUUACAAUCAUAGCCAUGAUAUUAUUUACUUUUCUAAGUUUAUUAAUAAUGACAACAAAGUGAGCAGUAAUAACAUUUGUUUUCUCAGUAAAUACAAAUCAAUAAAUAAAACACAAACCUUGCAGAAUUUUAGUGCCAAGAAAAAGUCUUGAUCGAUUUUAAUUCAAGCUAGAAUCAUUUUCACUUCCUGUAUGUUUAGUAGCAAUCCCAACAUUAUGGAGGAAUAUGGAUAUUUUUUAUCCAAGGCAGCUUGAAGAGUCACUCUAUGAUUGCAGAAUUAUAUCACUCCCAAUAUAGCUGGUGGAAAAAAUACUUUUGAACAACAACAGCAACAAAAAAGCAAUCCCUGCAUUUUCUGAUUGAAGCUAUUGCAAAAACUAUGUGGUAAAAGCAUGAAAUAUAACAUUGUUGCAAAACAUAUUCAUCACUAACAACUCAAAGUACAACUCAAAGACUAAUGAGAUUAGAAGAUAAGUGAAUACUCAAUAUGGAUAGAUUUUUAUUAUUGAAGGGCAUUAUUCAUUUGCACAACUAGUAGCUAUGAUUAAAACAGGCUGCAACACCCUAUUUAUUUCAGUCGCUGUAUGUAUCAAUGGCUUUCUGGUGCUGCCGUGUUGAAGAUUAUCUUGCAAUGGUGUUCAUGAACUGCUUCACUAAACAGAUCACCACCUUCCGAUGUACAAUACAACUGGUUUGUGAAAUGUCCCUGGGUGUACUGCAAUUGGGUGAGAAAUAUACUGCUUUUACCAUGAAUGAGGGUUGCAGACUAGUCAAAGAUGAGCAAGAUUGGACACAUCGAAUUUUAACAACUGGGUUAUGGAAGAUGUUGAGCUUAAUCUAAAUUUAGCCAAUCACACAGCUGUAUUGGCAUGAUGUCAUAGCUGCACAAGUUGUAGACAGUAGUCUCAAGUUUUGAUAGUCUCGAGGCAUGUGACUGCUCCAAAAUCUCACUCAUUUGCAGAAAAGCUUGAUCUUUAGGAGCAGGGAAAUCAUAAACACAACUUGACAAGACAAAGGUUUAAAAUCAAUCUUUCUGUGAAAUGUCCAAUCAAGUUCAUUUCUUCAUUGGCAUUUUUGUUCAUUUAAUAGCUUGGAACAAAUCAGAUUUGUCGUUUCAUAUUGCUAUACACCAUAAACCUUUGUAUAGGGUCCUAGAUAUAACCAUUCAUAAUAAACACAACAGUAAGUACUGAAUGAAUUAUCGCUAAGCCAUUGGUGUCAACUCAGUGUGCUAAAUUGUUUUUCUAUUUAAACCAUCUCAGUAGUUAAAUGAUUUUUUUUAUACAUUAUUGAUCGUCUUUUGUAAUUUCAUGUCAUGUCCAGUACGUAACCAGGGUUUGUUUGAUUCUACGUAAAUCAAAGUUUAAACUCCUUAGGUAUCUUAAUUGAAUAGAACUGUACAGAGUAUGAUACUAUUAAGUAUUUGUGAACUAUACAACAACCAAUAUAUAAGAAUGAAAUUGUGAAUUUUGUACAUCUUGCCAUUGAUCUGUUCUCAGUUAUCGCUUUUGGAUUGAAACUGCAUAUAAAUAGCUGUCAUUUAUGAAGAAAUGCACAUUUGCAAUGACGAUGACAGGCAUUUGUACUGUACUGACAUGCAUUUUACUCAUGAAAUUAAAAAAAAGGGAAUAUGUUGUGUGUACGUUUCAUAGACGGUGUAGCUAGCUAUCCAAGUGUAUUGAAACAGUAAGAAAACAUGAGCAGAAAUAACACGAUAAAUCAACAGAAUUUGCAAGUUUCAGUCUGAUUGUGUAGUCAGUUUAGUGAAGUGAGUUAUGAAUAACAUUAUGGCUAAACAUCUGUAUCGUUGAAACAAGUUUAAAUCAUUAAAAGUCCUAUCCAGAAAA